UCGCCGCCCACUGACGCCCCCCCCCCCCCUCCCCCCCAUGUCAAGGGUCGCAACCUGGCCGACCUGCGGCGCAGUCAGCCUCGGGGGACCUUCACCAUGAGCACCACGCUCAGGCUGGGCAAGCAGAUCCUGGAGUCCAUCGAGGCCAUCCACUCGGUCGGAUUCCUCCACCGGGACAUCAAACCCUCCAACUUCGCCAUGGGUCGCCUGCCGUCCACGUACCGCAAGUGCUACAUGCUGGACUUCGGUCUGGCCCGCCAGUACACCAACACCACCGGCGAGGUCCGGCCGGUAAGACGCCUCCGCCUCCUCGCCGCCGUGCUCGCCGGCAUGCUAGCAUGCGCUCCGCGCUGCGGUCCACUUUGA